GUCCCUAGCUUGUAUUCCUCCGCGGCACGUGUGAGGGUCCUGCCGGCGGUAACGGAGGCACCGCUAUCACCUUUUCUCGCUCUCGUGGGAUAUACAGAUUACCAAAAAACAUGGAGCAAGUUAUUCAAAUACUCGAGAAGACAACAUCUCCCGAUAAGAAUGAACUGGAAACUGCGCUGAAAUAUCUGGAACAAGCUGCACAGUCAAAUCUGCCUGAGUACGUGAAGGUGCUUAGUGAUGUGCUGCAUCAUGGAAGAAACUCAACCGUGGCUCGCAUGGCUGCUGGUAUUCAGCUCAAGAACACAUUGGCUUCCAAUGAUCCCAAAGUCAAGGUUCAGUAUCAGCAGCGGUGGUUGGCCUUACCUCCAGAUGUCAGGGACUAUGUCAAGACAAAUGUGUUGGGAGCCUUGGGAACAGAGCAGAAUCGUCCAAGUUCAGCAGCUCAGUGUGUGGCUUACAUUGCCCUCACUGAGAUCCCUGUGGGUCAGUGGCCAAACCUUAUUGACAGACUUGUAGCAAAUGUGACCACCCCUGGGGCUACAGACAUGACCAAAGAGUCCACUUUGGAGUCCAUUGGAUAUAUAUGUCAGGAUAUUGAACCUGAAGCCAUUGCUGCACAAAGUAACAAUAUUCUCACAGCCAUUGUUCAUGGCAUGAAGCGAGAUGAACCCAAUGACCAUGUGAGGUUGGCAGCCACCACAGCACUCCUCAACUCCUUAGAAUUUACCAGACAGAAUUUUGAGAGGGAUGCUGAGCGACAUUUUAUUAUGCAGGUGGUCUGUGAAGCCACUCAGUCAACCAACACCCAGAUAAAAGUAGCUGCCCUUCAGUGCCUGGUGAAGAUUAUGUCUCUCUAUUAUCAGUAUAUGGAGCACUACAUGGGACCUGCACUCUUUGCUAUUACUUUGGAAGCCAUGAAGAGUGAAAUCGAUGAGGUGGCAUUGCAAGGCAUUGAAUUUUGGUCCAACGUGUGCGAUGAAGAAGUGGAUCUGGCCAUUGAAGCAUCCGAGGCAGCAGAGUUGGGCCGUCCACCUGAGAGGACCUCUAGGUUUUAUGCCAAGGGAGCAUUGCAGUAUCUCGUUCCUGUCUUAAUGAUGACUUUGAGUAAGCAAGAGGAGGCUGAUGAUGAUGAUGAAUGGAACCCAUGCAAAGCUGCUGGGGUGUGCAUCAUGCUGUUGGCCACUUGCACUGAGGAUGACAUUGUGCCCCAUGUCCUUCCAUUUGUUAAAGAAAACAUCAAACACCAAAACUGGAGGUUACGAGAUGCUGCUAUUAUGGCGUUUGGUUCCAUCCUGGAGGGCCCUGAUCCUACAAACCUGAAGCCAAUGGUGGAGCAAGCAAUGCCAACCCUCAUAGAGGCCCUGAAUGAUAAUUCAGUGGUGGUGCGGGACACCACUGCUUGGACUCUGGGUCGAGUCUGUGAACUGAUCCCAGAUGCAGCAUGCAAUGACACCUACCUCAAGUUGUUGUUGGAGGCUCUUGUCCAUAGCCUGAAAGGGGAGCCUCGUGUAGCUUCAAAUGUAUGCUGGGCCCUUAGUUCUCUAGCAGAAGCAGCAUAUGAGCAAGCAGAUACAGGAGAUGGGGAUGGUGAACCACCUACCUACUGUCUUUCUGCAUUCUUUGAUCCUCUUGUGGAUGUAUUGCUGCAAACAACAGAUAGAGCUGAUGGCAACCAAUGCAACUUGCGCAAUGCUGCCUAUGAGGCUCUCAUGGAAUUGAUGAAAAAUUCUCCACAUGAUUGUUAUCCCACCGUCCAGAAAACCACAAUGAUCAUCCUGGAGAGGCUGCAACAAGUUUUGCACAUGGAGACACAGGUCCAGUCUCAUAGUGACCGUGUUCAAGUCAAUGAUAUCCAGUCCUUGCUCUGUGCCACACUGCAGUCUGUGCUGCGUAAAGUCACUCCUGAAGAUGCUCCUAAAAUAAGUGACCCCAUCAUGGCAGCUUUGCUCCAAAUGUUCCAAACUUCCCAGGGAAAGUCUGGGGGUGUUCAGGAAGAUGCACUGCUGGCAGUGUCUACUCUUGUGGAAGUGUUGGGGCAGAACUUCCUCAAGUAUAUGGAAGCUUUUAAGCCAUAUCUGUGUUUAGGUCUUAGAAAUGUAGAUGACUACACUGUAUGUGCAGCAGCUGUGGGUGUCACUGGAGACAUCUGUCGUGGUUUGGGAGACAAGGUGGAACCAUUCUGUGAUGAGCUUAUGUCUAUGUUGGUGGAGAACUUAGGAAACAACAAUGUCCACAGGAAUGUAAAGCCAGCCAUUUUGUCAGUAUUUGGAGACAUGGCGUUGGCUCUAGGACCCAAGUUUACCAAGUAUUUGGAAAUUGUACUACAGAUGCUUCACCAAGCCUCUCAGGCACAGGUGGACCGCUCAGACUUCGAUAUGCUGGACUACCUAAACGAGCUGCGUGAGACAUGUCUGGAGGCCUACACUGGCAUUGUGCAGGGCCUCAAGGGUGAUGGGCCCAACCCCAAACAGGAGGUACAGCUGCUGCGCACUCAUGUGCCACACAUGAUUACCUUCAUCACUUCUGUGGCUGCAGAUGAAGAGAAGUCUGAUCCUGUUGUGGCCAGUUCUGCAGGACUCAUUGGAGACCUGUGCUCAGUGUUUGGGACUGAUAUGCUACAACUAGUGGAAACAGAUCCCAUCGGCAACCUUCUGAUCCAAGGUCGCCGUUCAAAAACCUCCAAGACAAAGACCUUGGCAAUGUGGGCAACCAAAGAGAUCCGUCGCCUUAAAUCCAACAACAGCACUUGCCCUUAACUUGGCUUUUCAGAUGAGUGGCAAGUAUAGUCUGUGGUGAGUCGAUGCGAUGAGUCAGAUGCGGUGUGUCUGCAUGGAGUGAGCGAGCGAAGAACGUUGGCCGGCUGUGGUGAGUGAUGACCGUUCAGCGGAUGGGUUGUGUGGUGAGUGGACGGACGAACGUGGACGAUCGCAGGUGCGGCAGGUUGGCCGAAUGUGCGAUGACAACCAGGUGGCCUCAGAAGAGUGUAGAAGCAUGUUAGAAAAUCUGAAAUGAUUAGUAAGAUUCAUAGGUGAUGUUAAGGAAAAGUAGCCAGUGCAUCAUUCCAGCUCAGAAAAGAUCUGCCUCAGUUGAUCUUUAAUGAUUCUAAACUUUUCCAAAAGUCCUGUUUCAUAUCUAGGGUUUAGAAAGCCAGUCCUUUCAAGUGCCUUUUGUGGGAAUGAAUGGUGCUGUAACCUUGAAUCUUGUACCCUACUGGUAACAAUCCAUCUGCUGUACAGACGACUUGGUGGUUCACUGUAUUCUGUGGUAUCUAGUCAAGGGUACAAAGGAUUCUUAACUACUAUCCCUUCCAUUCUGUAAAUGUUAGUCUUAAUCUACUCCACAGACUGGGCAGCUGUGCUGCAUUCAAACACAGAUAUUUACAAGUUCCAAUUCUCCCAGUAUUCUCAUUGGUUUACCUGUAUGUCAUACAUAAUAGGACUACACAUCUCCUCAACUGUCUUCAUAAUCCAUAAAAAUCUUGCCUCUCUUGGACUUGUAAAUAUUAAUUUGGGGUUUGCAGUUGAUAAUUUACCUAUUAAGGUACCUCUUCAUUUUCUCUUUAACCCUCUGGUAACAGCACGUGUGUGUUUAGGGCACUGGAAUGGGAUAAGGCUUCAGUAGUUUAAUUGAAACUAGAGGCAGUGUAUCUUACAAAAUUAAUGCCUACUUAAAUGUAAAAUAAUAGAAAGCUUAAUCAUAACUUAUAAAGCUUUUUUAAGAAAACUUGUAAUUUUGUUCUUGAAGAAAGAUUAUUUUCAAAUGCCAUAGUGAAAAAGGAAGGUUUUCAUUGGCUUUAAAAGAAGUAUUAGCCCUUGAAAAUAGUGUAAUAUUGAAUCUGCAAAAUGUUUUAAAAGCUUAAUGACCAAGGCUAUUAUUACAUAAAAUGUCAUUAUACUCAAAUUUUACCAGCAACAUUAAAAAAUUAUUUCAUGUCAAAGAGCCCUAAAUGUGCAAUGUGAUGAGGCAUCAGUGUGAAGGUUUUUGGAAGAUGUUGCUCUAACCCGCAGUCAUUAGUGCUUGGACUCUAUGAGGACUUGUGUGAAUGUACUGGCUUUGUGGGUUAAGGUUUUCUUCCAUUAACUUAAUCCGGUUUUCGGUUAGUGCCAAAUUCCCCAGUAAAUAACAGAGGUACAAUGGUUCAUUAGGUUCGGCCCCCAUUGGCUGAUGCUGAAGAUCUAGGUCCAUCUUGAAGACAGUGUUAGGCAACAUCGGCAUUGGCUUUAUUUUUUUCAAUCAUUAUUUUUUUAUUUAUUUAUUUUUUUUAUGUACUUGACUUUCUGAGGUUUGAAUAGGACGUCGUAAAUAUAACACUGCUCGAGAAGGAACAGAUUUUGUGAACUACCAGAUGAGCUGACCACAGGAGGGAGUGUGCGUGUGUGUGUGCGGUCCUGUGACAGGUGAAUGUUUGACUGUGAUACGAGGCCCCGUGUGUGAUGUGGCGCCGUGUAAGCGUGUGGUGCAAGCUGAUGUUCUGUCCAGUAAUGCUAGUGUCCGUAGUGAUAGUGAUGGAUGCCUGAUCUGGAAAAAAAGUGGUGUGAAGUGAAGUGUGUUACCUGAAGAUAAAUGUCAGGUUCCCAUGUGUGAGUGAUUGGCAUAUUUGGACAGUGUGGAACAACCAGCGUGCAUCCUGUGCUUUCUUCUUUGCCAUGUUAGCACAUUUUCAACAUGACAAGCUUGGCAAGUUGUGAAAGCUUGCCAUAUUUUCAUGGCUUGUCAUGUUGCCAUCCUUACCCUUUCCCCCCAGUGACGUGACUUAGUGACUGAGGGUGUGAGUGCAAACUUGUCGUUCUUGAAGGACGUGUGACUGUGAUACUGUGUUCCUUUAGUGCAAAUGUUAAUGCGCGAGUGUGUACAUUCCACCAGUUGGUGUAGUAUUAGUGUACAGAAAAACAAACAACACAAGCUUUACAGGUGAACCUGCUACACAAGUUCACAGUUUAGCUUACUUAGUUCUGUAACUUGUUAUUUCCUCAAUUUAGGGUUAAAUUUUUUUCCCAAUCAUUAUGAAAAGGAUUCGCAUUCAUUAAGUGGAAAUACUUAGCGUAUAUUUUUUCACAAUGUUACGUUAAUUUCUAAUUUGUGAUUAGGAUUUUUUUGGAUACUUUAAGGUAAAUAAGUUUUAAUGGACUCGUGUACCAUAUUUACGAAUGCUACAUUUGAAUAAAUAAGUUUGUGAG